AUGCCCCAAACUACGCGUACGCGAAAGAGAGCGACUCAGGCAACUGCUUCGCCAUCCAAGGUGGACACCAAGACAACCAAGGUGGUCACCAAGACAGCCAAGAUGGACGCCAAGACAACCAAGAAGACCUCGGCCACCAAAGGCAAAGCUGAGGCCGUCGGUUCCAAUGCCACCAAGGCGAAACCAGCGGCCAAGGGGAAACAAACGGCCAAGGCCAAACAAACGGCCAAGGCGAAACAAUCGACCAAGAACGGUUCACUCAAGUCGGCCAGAGGCGCUGGCCCAGUCGACAAGGUCACCCUCAACCACAUCGCCUACCCGAACAUCCUUGACCGUGUUCUUUCGUUUGCACCAUACGCGUCUCUACUCGCCCUUCGCGCGGCCUCGAAGUAUCUCAUGAAUCGCUGCGACGCGAUUCUCGCCCGACACAUCAUCAUCAGCCGUGGUGUUGCGCGUCCCAAGGGCAAGAGGUGGGAGUCGACGGCACCUCAACUUCCGCGCGGCCCUGACCGGCUCCCACCCGGCCAGCGCCGCCUUCGUCUCACCUCGGGUCUCGGUAACCUUCCAGGUUGGGUGUGUGAUCUGCUCCAUGCUCCCAACUCGUUCACGGAUAGUUGCGGCGACCAGUGCCAGUUCCUGCGCACGCGCUGGGUGCCGCGCUUUGCAGAGGACACGCGCGUGGUCGAAUAUCUCCCAUUGGGCGUAUCGUCGCUCAAGGUGUUCAAGGAUGCGCACGCGUUUUUCAAACGCAUCGACACGCUACGUCUCCAUGGAGAUCUACUGGCUACACUCCCGCCGAUACCCGUUAGAAAUUUGGUGAUAUUCACGACGUUUGGGUCCCAAGACCCGGAGAGCUGGGAUAUUCCCGAAGGGACGAAACGCGGUGCCCAGCCCUUGGUGCGGUACGAUCCCAGCGUUGAGCGACUAGUCAUUCACGCGAUGAUCAACUGUCGUCGCAAAACACUGGUCAACUCCCGAUUCAGCGUGGGCUUGGUCGACAGGUGUCCGACAGUCGUGCUCAUUGUCGAGCCCGAGGAAGGGUCGCCUGUCGAGCCCAACGACGGUUGGCCGACUCAUGACAAGAAGGGGUAUUUGACUAGUCGCGGCUUAUUCGCUUGCGUGGGUGAGGAUCUAGAGAAUUCAAAGACCAACUGGAUCAUCGUCGGUGCGUCCGAGGUUCCACACCAGAUCAGCGGUCUCAAGCACGACGAGGAGCGCAGUCACGACGACUUUGCCGCUGCACUCAUGGAAGAUUUCAUCACUCGCUGGGUACAUUCCCGCUACUCUAGCAACUACCACGAAAGGCAGGAACGCGAAAAGGAGAUUCGAUCCCAAAUCCGCUUCCUUACAAAAGCCCAGUACCGGGCCGAGGUCGGCGAAGAGCGUUGGGCGCUCGAAACCUUACGCACCGGCCUGGUCGUGUAG